AUGCUUCCCAGUCCAGUGACUUCAACGCCAUUCUCGGUAAAGGAUAUUCUAAAGAUGGAGCAGCAACAUCACCCCCACCAAGGAUUCUUCUAUCCAGAUCAAGACGCACAGAUGUCUCUGCAGCGCAUGCACAGUGCACUUCGGAGCCUCGACUUACUUGACAGUCAGGAUAAAUCGUGCUUCUCGGGGGCAACACAGAUGAAAUGCACCCUGAGUUCGGAGGACAUUGACAUCCUGAGGGGCAGUUGUAGUUCAGCGGCUGAGGAGGAGACAAAUGGGGACCCAGGUAUGCUUCUUGACGAUUCGAUGGGUUGUGAUGGGAAAAAUGACAAUACCUAUUCAGGCAAGCCAAAGCAAAGAUUGCGCAGAAAACCACGCGUGCUAUUUUCCCAAACGCAGGUUUUUGAGCUGGAACGGCGCUUCAAACAGCAGAGGUACCUUUCUGCACCAGAGAGGGACCACCUCGCCAAUAUUCUAAAGCUGACUUCUACUCAAGUCAAAAUCUGGUUUCAAAACAGGAGGUACAAGUGCAAGCGGCAAAGACAAGACAAGUCUCUGGAAUUGGCUGGAUACCCGCCUCUACCACGAAGGGUGGCAGUGCCCGUGUUGGUUCGAGAUGGCAAACCGUGCACGGGAGGACCUCAUUUAGCGCCAUACAACGUGACAAUUGGCUCUUACAACACCUUAUAUGGAUAUGGUAAUAACUCACAUGGUUGCAGUUAUCCGAGUAUGCCAUCCAUACCAGGUGCCACGCAAAUGUCCAACAACCAUAUAGUUGACAUGAACCUCAUGGAAAAUGUAGAGGGGCCAUUCCAACAAGGACACUUUCAGGCAACUUUACCGGGGAUAAGAGCGUGGUGA